ACGCACAGUAUUGUAUAUGCCAUUCCACAAUCUCCACACCCCCAAGGUAGCAAAGCCCUCAACAAACAAACAUGGGAUCCUUUUACGAAACAAUGCCCCGAUCCCUUUUCCAGUGGAUCCUGGCCCAGAAAAUUUUCUGGGUCGCCACGGCGCCACUAUCCGGAUCCGGGCAUGUCAACAUCUCGCCAAAGGGCGGUUCGUACUUUGGCCUGAUUGACGACAAGACGUUCUGGUAUAUGGACCUGACGGGCUCGGGCUCGGAAACCAUCGCACAUUUGUACGAGAAGGGCAACGGUCGGAUUACGGUGCUAUUCAAUGCCUUUGAGGGCCCGCCGAGGAUCCUGCGGCUGUUCGGCCACGGCGAGGUAUUCGAAAACGGCACGGGCCCCUUUGAGGAAUUUGUAAAGAAGCACGAUGUUACGAUCCUCCCCGGCACGAGGGCUAUUGUGCUUGCCCAUAUCCACCAGGUUGGCACGAGUUGUGGGUUCUCAGUUCCAUUCUACGAAUACAAGGAGCAUCGGAAUACUCUGAAUCAGUAUUUCGAGAAAAAGGAUGCCAAGUUCAGGGCGGGAAACGAGAAAGAGAGCAUGCCAAGGUACUGGGCCCAGAAGAACUCAUGGUCCAUGGACGGGCUCCCGGCGCUUCACGUGGCCCAGAAGACCAUGGUCCAAGAGAAGAUCCAGCCUUCAAAGAAGAUGGUUGGACCCCGUGCGCCUUCACAAUACCAAAACGCCAAUCGUUUCGGUCUCGAACAUCUGAUCCUCGUGGCACUCGCGACGGCCAUCCUCACUACCUUCGUGAUGAGUUUUGGUGCAGAGACAGCCCGUACUGUGGCGGUCAAAUUACACGCAAGCACGAGUCCGUGGGUGGGAACACCAUUGAGAACGGCCUCAUGACCUCAAGGUGGUCGGACAAUUUAUGCUUUUGCUGUGUUUCAGAACUAGCCUAUAAGAGGCGCCGUGGCCUGCAAUUUUUCCCUCUUUAGUCUUGUGUUUGUGUCCUGAAGUGUGGACCAUUAGGGUGGUGCAGAAAACCCGUGGUCACAGCCUUGCACGUGUCUGCCGUUGUUAUUAAGGCUAUUACGUAGGCGCUCCCCAGAAACCCUACGAAACUUCAUUAACAGCAAGCGGCGAGGCUUGUUGACUUGGGCAAGGAAGAUAUCUGACGGAUCCCCGAGUUUGCGGUCUGUCUGUAGAGUUGAAUAACCAAAUGGAACAUCAACACAUGUGUCCUACAUCAAUGUCAAGGGCUUCUCCUC